CACGUUUAGUUCGCUUGUUUGUAUGUUUGCUACGGUUUCUCAGCUGAUCGGUACGCUCGUUUAUAGACGCGCGGUACUUUCAGACCCCGCUCGAAGGACCUAAAAUCGCGUCUUGUAAAUUGUACCAUAACUCUUGCCUUGAAGUUUUAUUAGUGUUUUGUUUGAUGAAAGUGCAUUUUGUGGAUUAUUUGGUACGGAUAAUGCAAGAAGAUUUUUAGCGCUCAAAAUUUAAUCGGAAUGUGGCAUACAAUGUUACCAAUAGCCGCUCUAGCGGCCGUAGUAUCUGGAAUACCAUGCGAAGAAGCACGUUUGAAGUGCGCGUAUAGGAAAGGUUGCGGUACUGCACUGCAAAAUUAUCUGGUGGGCUGUUCUGGAGUUCUGCAAAGUCCAGAAGAAGCCCUGUAUUGUCCUCAAGUGUGCGAAUAUUCCUUGAUUGCUUUAGUAUCGACUGAAGAAGGAAAAGCGCUGAUGGAAUGCGACUGCAGCGAUCCGUACUGCGAAGACCAAAAACAACGGACCGACGUCUGUAAGCCCCAGGUGCUGAAAACCAUCAACGAACCAGUAGUUCCCUGUCGAAUUGCCCAAUGGAUUUGUAAUGCUGACGCCCAAUGUUCCAUGGCAUUUGAAUACUACCAACGUUACUGUAAAGCCAUGUUUCACGGCAAAAAAUGCACCCCCAAAUGUCACAAUUCUAUAAGUAUAUUAAGACGACAAGAAAAAGCACAAAAAUUGAAAAUGUGUUAUUGUGAUGGUUCAGAGGACUACGAUUGUCACACUAUUCAAAGAAAUAUGGAUAAGCUUUGUUUUAAUAACGUGCACCAUCACUAUAAUGUUACUAGACCAAAAGUUCAAUUGGAUAAUAAUGAGGUUAUAGUGACUAGUAGUUGUAGUACAAUCAGUGUGUCUUUUGUUAUAGUUUUAGGAAGUUUAUUGGUGUUUUGGACAUUAUAGUGCUAGUAUUUUAAAUAGAAUAGCAUCUACCUCGAUUGAUCAUUCAGUAUUUGUUGAUGUUUCCUUAGACUGUGAUAUUAUUGUUAAAGAUUUAUAAAAAUGUUUUUUUUUUUUUUUUUUUAACGUGACAAAUGUUUGAAUGAUAUUCUGGGAAUUUUUUCUUCUAGUGUAUUGAGGCUCUACCUAUACUCGUUUAUACCAUAAAAAAUAAAAAAUGCUCCUAACAGAAUGGAAUUAUAGCUGGUAUGGUGAGAUUAGUUUCUUGUAUUGCCUUCUAAGGAUUACGCUCAGUAGUAUAGGUAUAAUUGUAACUCUCUGUUGAUUUAUUUCUUGCAGCAACUAAAUUAUUUUUUCAUUGUAUUAAAAUCUUGAAUUGGUCCUGAAUCUUAUUAUUUCUAAAUUUGUAUAAUUAUUGUCUACAAGUGCAUUUUAUCAUCAGUUGCUAAAAGCUACAAUAAUUUUAUAAUGCCUCAAGUAAAAUAUAUUUAAUUUAAUUUCAGCUAUUGCACAAUAUGUUCUACACCAAUGUAAGCAACAACCAAAGAAGAGCUUGCCGCUGUAUAUAGCUUUAAAUUAUUAACACAACGAUCAAGGCUAUAUAGUCAAGUUUUUGAUUAUAAAUAUAAUAUAACUGGCUCGCCUUCUUGCUCUGUAAAUUAGGUACCUAUUAUUAAUUAUUAUUGUUUUGUACAUACAUCAUAUCAUUAGUUUUUUGUUGUUUUUUUUUUUUCCUUUCUCUUUUUUGUUUUAUUCUUAUCUUGUUUGAAAUGGGAAAUUGUCCAACGAACAUUUUCUUCUGCCAUUAUUGAUUUAAAAAAAACUUCAAUUGCCUACUUAAUUUGCCAAUAGUUGUACCUACUUUAAAGAACACCUCAAGUACUUAUCCAAAAUACUUUUUUAAACGCUCCAAAUUAAUAAUCCAUUAGCAUCGAUUUCACGUGAUUUUGAACUAAUUGAUUAUUCAAAUUUACAUUUAUAUUGAUGUAUCUAUCAAUAUCUAUACUGUAUAAGUACAGGUCCAUAUAUUCAUAUGAAAUCGAUUCUAUGAGGUUGAUUAUACAUUACCGGAAAUACAUCAUAAUUUCCUCAUUCCCAUUGACCUAGGGAUGUUAGGCUACUUAAACUUUUUAUUUUAAAUAUUGUAAAUUAUGUAUAUUUUUCAUUGCGUGUGAAUCAGAAAGAAAUUUUUUUAUACAUUUUAGUUUCGUAGUUAUUAUAGUAGAUAUAUUGAAAUAUAUUUUUAUAGAAAAACUAAUCCAGAAAAAAUAAUUAAAUAAAUUGAGAGUUUGUUG